UUUUAAAUGCUCUAAGUCACUUCUGUAAACGAUGUGUGUAUAAUAUGCCUCAGACAGUGGACAACGCAAAAUUAACAUUCGCAUAAUGAAUCCACUAUUGCCACAGCCCAUCAGAGAGAAAAUCUUUCUCAAUAUCAUGUUCUUUGAGUACAAUUUACUAUGUUUCGCUGAGGUUCGAAAAGCAAUUUGUACCAAGAAAUUAUCCUUGUCCGAGAGGACUAGAAAUAUCGUGUACCCAUUGGCCGGAUGUUGGAAGGGAAGCCCUAUCCGACCAGACCGGAUGUUUUUAUCAAAUAUGAGUUUAGGUUACCGCAAAGGCGAGAGAAUUGCAUUGAACAAACAUCAGCAGCGGACUGCACUUGGAGUACUGCCUGUGAAACGUCCAUUUUAUUACUGAACAAUAUGGGCCUGGGAUGGCCACAACUCCUCAAGAAGAACGAGAGGUCGAGCAGUGGUGGAGUGGCGGCAGACAGCGCGUCAGAACUCAGGAAGAUCCUGAGGAACAUUCUGGAGUGUCCAGUGUGUUACGAGUUGCUGCGACCGCCAGUCCUUCAGUGCCUCAACGGCCACAGUCUUUGCGGCAACUGCAUGGCGCGCCUGAAUGGCAGCACCUGUCCCAUCUGUCGGGGCAAGAUGGAGGGCUCGCGCAACCUGGUGGCCGAAGAGCUGUGCCUCCAGAUCUGGUAUCCGUGUCGACACACUCGCUGCUCUGAGAGUUUCGUAUUACGGGACCUGGACACUCACGAAGCCACUUGCGCGUUUCGCCUGUAUCGCUGCCCACUCGUUACGUCGUGGCGGUCCGACGGCUCCGUGAGGGUGUGCGCGUGGACCAUGCCUUGGUGUGAGGCACUGUGCCACGCUCGGCAAGAGCAUGGUAACCAGGUGUGGCGCGGACGGAAACACCACGUCAUCGAUUACAACUUUACCAGUGCUUUCCAAAGGCUUUACCUCAUUUCUGCAUACGAAGAACUGUUUCUUUGGUGUGGUCAGUACAGGCCAAGGGAAAAGAAGUUUUUUGGCGCCUUGAGAUUUGAGGGAUCUGUGAACAAAGCAUCGCAGUUCAGAUAUAUAUUCAAGAUUUCCAAGUGUAUGAGAAGGGAGACGUUAAAAGUGGUAUGCCCUGUCCGUUCUACACCUUUUGAGGAUAUUUUCAGAAAUGAAGGCUGCUGUGUGAUAUUAGAUUUGCAAACCAUAAAAAGAUUUUCAGACGGUGACAAAAUGUCGUUCUUUCUUAAAAUUGACGCGCAAUCUGACACGAGGAAAUAACAUUUAUUCACGAGUUUUUAAAUAUAAUUCAUUUCCUUCAAAGCAAUAAACUGAAAUUCGUUGUUAUGAAAACGCAUCUAACUUGUAGGAUUUAGCGCAGAAAUAAAAGAAAUGAAUGAGUACAGUUGUGACGCGUGGAACAUGUAGGCCUAUCUGCGUGUAUCGGAAAGAAUUCAUCGGCAGCCCGCUGUUGGAUCUGAGUUCUUUUUGACCGUUGUUGGAGCUGGCCUGAAUAAAAUCUAUUUCGAAGACUGUUUAUGAGGAGUACCACUAUCUAGCACCCGUCCUGGGUAAUGUGGAUGGUCGGAAAUGAAGUACCUUCUAACAUCAUUAUCUCUUUAAAACUUACGAAAACGAGGAAUUAUUUUUUUACAAGAUGAUAUUAAUUUAAGAGCUAUUGUAUUCUCCACGUGUCUGUACGUAGUGUGGUUUGCUCUCAUCGGCGCCGUAUUAUGUGACCCUACCCAACAAAGUACCCAGUGACAGGUCUCUCCACAUAAUCAUACCAAGUUUCGUGAUGAAGUGCAAACUCUUCAACUAGAAAGAAAUGCGUUGGUUAUUAUGAACCACAGGGUUGCUUUGCUGUAUCUCAGUAUAACCACAUUACUGCUUGCAUUUCUUCCUACCUGGAAUGAAAAUUUUGCUGUCUCAUCCCAGUUUCAGGUGGUAGCUGUGUUGUUAUUUUCGGGUCGCUUUUGUAACCAUAUCUAGAUGAUGUGCUCAUGUGACGAUGAGAAGUCUAGGUAAAUUAAUUGUGACGUGCGUUUAGAGCUGUUUCAAAUAUUGAUGCGAUGAGAUUGUAGCUUUCACGGCAACUGAAUGCAUUGAAGUCUUUUCGGACGAUCAGCCACGUAAGUAUGGAGUUACAUUAACGUUUCGGAGGUUUUUUGUGUCUCCAUCAUCAGGAAGACUUCUACUCUAUCUGCCCAGGUCUGACAAGGGGCUAACUGAACAAAGAGCUAACAGGCUUCUUAUCCUGUUUCAUAUUUUUUAACUUGAAGACGGAAGCAAAUUCCAGCUCCUGGAGCGUAGUAGUUUCAUUAUUCCAUAAUUUAGAUGAUGGAAAAAGUCCAAAAGAACAAUUUUACGUAUUAUUACGCACAGUUGACAGAAACGUUCAGACUUCGACAAAGUUGGAUACCUCAUGUGGAUAAAUGGCAGAUGAUAGGAUAACCAAUAUGAUUAUGCAGUAGGCUAUAAAAUAAAAUGGCGUCGAGACCGAAGCACACGUUUGAAAAUUUAGAAUGAUUUUGUGAAGUCGGAACAAACUUUAGUGUCUGUGCCAUGAAACGAAGGAGAAGAAGACAAACAUUAUUUUAAACGUUUAUUCUUGGAUAUACUGUUAGCUGAGAGGCUUUAAAUUUUAGAAUAUACAAUAAGAAUCAUUUCCUGAAUUCAUUAUUCAUCGUAUAUUGAAUUUAUUUAAUUCCGUCGUUAAUGGAUGUGAAGGCGGAGGAUUUACCAACGAGUAAUGAGAAUGGUGGGAGGCCAGUGGGAAGAUAAUCCCCACCGACUUUAGUGUACGUUGUGAAAUGCUUCUCCUAGGCCCACUCAAACAAUUCUGCUUUUGUCUGAAAUUGUAGAACAAUAAGUUGGUAUAGAGAGACAUUUUGCUUCCUUUUGUGUCAACGGACGUUUGAGUGGGCGUGUAACUGAAUCUCAUUUCUUUGUUGUUGGCAUCAUCUGUUACAGGCGAACAAGACGUCCCAUUCACGAUAAGUGCCAUGUGAUAAAGUGUAUCACAUUAUACUUCAGUCAGCAUUUGAAAUAUGGAACCAUGGUACUUGUUUUUCGAUAUUACAGUCUCCUACUUUCAUACCUUGCAGAUGAAAUCUGGCACCUGGUGGAAACAAUCAUAUAUUUUUAUUCCUUCUUUGUAUUCAUUGCAUAAAAUGAAUGCAUAAUGGAGGUCACACACAGUUCUUGUCCGUCAGCUUGUUCCACAUCCUCCCAGCUCCCAGGAACUGCAUAAACUAUGUGAUAUUUAAAAUAAAUAUGAUGAAGAACAUGUUAGGAAAAUGAGAAUUUUAUUUAUGUUUUAUGAGUCGGAAUCAGAAAAUAACUGUAUACAGAAUGCCCCAAACAUUAUAAUACGGGAUGCUAACAAUGUUAUUCAUCUGAGUGUGUUGUGCUUGCGAGGGGAGCUAGUGGUGGUUAUUUUGAGCACCUGCACUAAUUCACUAAUUUCCUUUGCUGACGUGUGUAAGUUUUCAGUUCAAUAAAAAGUCUUUAUUUUAUUCAUUGAA